AUAUCGACCACGGCUGCUAGCUAAACUCGUUUUGACAGCCAUCAUUUAUUUACAAGUUUUUCUCGGGUUUCUGUUGUGUUUGGAUUUACGCCAAUCACAACGAAACCGGUAAAGCUAUAACUUAAAGUUUUAAACAAUGAUGAUGGACGACGAAUGCGUGGAAAUCGAGUCUUCCGACGACGAGCCUCAGCAUGUAGAGCAGGGCAGCCGUGAAUCGGAGCGCAUUGGCAUAUCAUCUGCGUCUUCGUCUCCACAUCCACAGUCGGAGCGUUCCAAUACCCCUGUGUCCGCUAAUCUACGCAACUCCAACCAGAUAGCGAACCGAUCACGCUGCAAAGAAGCAGCCGGACAGCUGAAGAAGCUAGAGGUGGAUCCGAAAUUUCUGGCCAACUUCAAUCCACAGACUUCCCGGCGCGAAAAACGAAAGUUAAACAGAAAAACCACCUCGUUGGUAGCACCCAAAAACACCGGUAUAUACUCCGACAAAGGUAUCCAUCGGGAGAGUGGGCGCGAUAUGUGCGACUGCCUUGAUAUGAGCUGCCCAGGUUGUCACUUUCCCUGCCAGUGCUGCGGAAGUACCCGCUGCGGUCCGCACUGCCGGGUGAAUCGGAAGUGGAUGUACGAGACGAUCGAACAUGACGCGAAAGAUUUGGUGAUUAGGAAUAAACUGCUGAUGAAAAAGUAACCUAUUUUAAAGUAAUAUAUGUUUCAUGUGAGAUGUAUUAGGGAUUGUGAGUAAAAUGUAUUUAUAUGUACCAAAAAAGAAGCUUUUUUGUCCCUCUAAAUAUGGUAGAUUGUAGAAAUUUCAAAAUUGUUGGGCGGAUGUUCUUCGAGUACAAUGAGUUGAGAUUCGUGUUAUAAAACAAACAUAUGAAGAAUGAACAUUUCUUGGAACGUAAAAUAUAUUUACACAGCAUUUUUUUAUCAUA